AUGGGGGCGCAGGUCGCGUCGCAGGGGAGCGAUGUCAGGGAGCCUCCACGCCGAACAGCUGCUCCGGCCAGGCUACGGCGGAACGACCAGAUCCACCAACUCAUCAGCAACCCCGCCUUGUACGAGCCGGUCAGAGCACCGAGGUACCCUAUUGUUCUAUGCCACGGUCUCUACGGCUUUGAUGUGCGCGGUCCAUCCUCAAUUCCUAUUCUGCAGACGCAUUACUGGUCGAAUGUGCUGAACGUACUGCGCGGUAAAGUCGGUGCCGAAGUACUAAUGACCUCUGUGCCUAGUACUGGCUCGAUCUCAUCUCGUGCAGACAAUCUGGACCGCUUCCUGCGCGAGAAGGCACCAGGGAGAGGCGUAAACUUCCUUGCACAUUCCAUGGGCGGACUGGACUGCAGGCACCUCAUCAGCCAUUUAAAACCCCAAGAUUACACUCCGCUGUCGUUGACCACCAUUGCGACUCCCCAUAGAGGUAGCCCCUUCAUGGACUGGUGCAGGCAAUACAUCGGACUUGGCAGGCACAAGGUCGAUUAUCCUGGUCAGGUUCAGCGCGAGGCCUUGGAGACGUCACCCAACUCAGAACCUCAAGAUGCUCCUGCCAGCCCGCAGAGCAAGUCGAUACCUGGUGUGAAGUCCCUGCUGUCGCUCGCCUCCCUCCCCUCAUCCUUCACCACCCUACUCCUCUCCCUGCUCGACUCGCCCGCAUAUGCCCACCUCACCUCCACCUACCUCAACACCAUCUUCAACCCCGCCACGCCCGACGAUCCCUCCGUUAAGUACUUCAGCGUCGCCGGACGAACGUCCAACAUGAGCAUCUGGCACCCACUGUGGUUGCCCAAGAUGGUCAUGGACGGAUUUGAGGAGAAAGAGCGCGCACGUCUGCGUGACGCCGGACACCCGCUCGCAGACGCAGACGGAGAGUGGGGCAACGACGGACUCGUAACCAUCCAGAGCGCGCGCUGGGGCGAGUUCCUUGGCGUGUUAGAGGGCUGCGACCACUGGGAGAUGCGCGGCGCGCGGGGUAUCGACGUCGACCUGCCGUCAAUACCGGGGCCUGAGGAGUGGAACUUCGGGGACUGGGGCAGGUUCGUGCGCGCGUGGAAGAAGGAGGAGAAGGCGGCGGCGAAGAGUGCGGGCGCGGGGAUGAGCGACCAGGCGCACAGGGAGACAAUGGCGGCUGCGGCGAGCCGAAGCGAGGAGGGCGGCGCCGAGAGGGACGUGCGGAGCAUGCGCGAGCGCGAGCGGGACCAUGGGAAUUCGGACGAGGUGGUCAAGAACUCGACGGAGAAGCUGUCGGCGGUGUUCGACUGGAUUGUCGACCAGCCUACGGCGCCGAACGCUCCUGAGGCCCUCGCGGGCUCCGAGGACAAGUCCAGUGCGCCUGAGGCUGCCCCAGAGAAGCAGGGGCGGAAGCGGGAGAAGGAGAAGGAGGUGAACGACCUCGAGACGAAACAGGACCUUGAACGCUUCUACGUAGCGCUAUGUAGAAAGCUGUAUGACGAAGGACUGUGA